CUGGGCUGAGACAAGACAGGGACAAAAUACAUCUGUGAAUUAGAAACACAAUUGCCUAUCUCACUUCACUCCUUGCGGACAUGGAUUUUUUCUUCUGGACCCAUUUCGUCUUCCUACUUUUCUUGGCAGCUCAUGCCCUUGGUCUUCAGUGCUACUCUUGUGAUGGGAACAGUAAUUGCCUGGAUUCCCAAGUCUGCCAAGAGCAUCAGGAUCGAUGCCGCACAACUGUCAUGACAACGUUAACCCAAUCAGGGAUCUCUACAUACUUCCUUAAGGGCUGCGACGUGAGCGGGAAGGCCAACAAUUCCAUUUCGUACCUCUCCAAAAACCAGGUUGUGUUUUUGGCGGAGGAGCACUGCGAGAGUCAACUCUGCAACGAAGAGACACCAAACGUACUGGACGUUCUCCUUGCCCGUGGUCGCCAACACAGGCCCAUGCAAUGCUAUUCCUGUGGCCAAGCCGAGGGAACUUGCUUCAACUCCAGCCUGGCGCAGAUGCGCUGCUCUCGACCCGGAGAACAGUGUGUGGACAUUACUUCCUUCACAAUGCUAGAAGAAGAGUUCUCCCAGGAUGCACAGCACAUCAAAGGUUGCGGGCAGCUAGCCCACUGCCAGGAACCCCUGGGCUUCCACAACCAGGGCAGCUUUUACCUGAUCAAAUGCUGUAAUGCCAGCCUAUGCAACAAAGAGACGGAAGAUUAUAAGGCUACCCCUCUGCCCCUGAAUGGACUGACGUGUUACAGCUGUGAGGGGAACUUUAGCCAUGGUUGCGCCCCCAACGACAUCACUCAGGUGCAAUGCCAGGGCUCCAUGAACCAGUGCUUAGAGGCCUCGGGAAUAGAUGGCAUCUCUGGCCAGAGCUCUGUUGUCAAGGGUUGUGCUUCUUCUUCCUGGUGCGACAGCCCCUACACUGCCAUCUACAAGAAUCUGGGGGCCCCUUACACCCGCUGCUGCACUGGCGAGCUCUGCAACAACUGGAUCGUCAAUGAGUCCACUUUGAAGCCUUCUGCCAGGAGCCAAGCCGACCACAACCCCACAACCUCCUCUGUUUUGCUUUCAUCGAGCCUGCUUCUCUGGGUUGCCUUUCUGCUCUGCUCAGAGAACUCCUGACCUCCGGCACCAACACCUGAGUUUAGUUUGGGCCGAGAAAUACCAGAGCACAGCUCCCCUUCCCCCAGUUCUGCAGUGCAGCUGUGAAUAAACACGUGGCAUCUGAGUCUAUGCAGAGUGCAAUUCCCAUAUUGCUGAGGAAUGAUAGUCUACUCUCUCAACCCUGGUGGCGAGGGAGCAGAUAUGAGAAGCUGGCUUCUCCAGGAUAGAAAGUAAAAGUUCCAAACAGUUCCAAACAGUACCCAAAUUGUCCACUAACUUAUUUUUUGAGAAAUUGGAGUGGAAAUAGAGACUAGUGGUUAGAGAAGGGCAAGAAUGGAACAUAGAAUUUCUGGGUUCUGUUCUCGGCCAUGGAAGAGUAAAAGGAGGUGAGCGAAUUAAGGUGUGAGUGCUGGACAGCUCUUCGGUCUGAAGAUGGCUGUUGGAAAAUCAGUUUCGUAUCCUGAAUAUCAAAACCAGGAACAUCCCAGCUUAUUAUUUAUUUUUAUUUAUUGAGGCUAAGGACUCUCACCCCCAAGGAUUUUGCUUCUUCUUUUCGUACCUUCCCACCAGGUACCUCCCUCACGUGAGGAAUUGCAAUUCCAUGCAAUUGAAAAGACUCGUGGAUCACGUCAAGAUCUUUUCUUCUGCAAUGGCUGUCCUCCAAAGUUUGCUCCUCUGAAGUAUCUUAGCCACAAGUGAACAGUAUAUCCCAAUUAAUCCAAUAUUAUUUUAUAUAUAAGCAUUAUUUAUGUUAAUAAAGUAUUUUUAUAAUAUUGCAA